AGCCGAAGAUGUCGGCUUGGUCAUGUGAUCAGCUGUGUCCAAUCACAGCUGAUCACAUCAGCGCCACCUGUCAGUGUCCAUCAGUGCCAGCUCUGUGCUCAUCCAUACCACCUGCCAGUGCCCAUCAGUGCCACAUCAGUGCCACAUUUCAGUGCCCAUCAGUGCCACAUCAAUGCCACAUAUCAGUGCCCAUCUGAGCUGCAUUUCAGUGUCACCCAUCAGUGCCAGUCAGUGCCACCUAUCAGUGCUGCCUAUCAGUGCCAGUCAGUGCCGCCUAUCAGUGCAAGUCAGUGCCGCCUAUCAGUGUGCAUCAGUGCCGCCUAUCAGUGCCUGUCAGUGCUGCCUAUCAGUGCCGCCUAACAGUGCCAGUAAGUGCCACCUAACAGUGCC